AUGAAUAAAUUUGUUGCAAUAGGUUUAAUGUUAUUUUCUUCAAUCACUUUAUUCUUUGGAAUGACUCCUAUGAUAGAACAACAGAAAAACAUGAAGAAGAUUAUGAUAUAUCCUGAAAGUCUCAAUAGUACACAUCUAGAAAUUAUUAAAAAAGAAUUAAAUGCUACACAUUCAAAGAAUAAAACAAAUUCAAUCAAAAAUACUAUAAACACAACAGUCAUAAAACAAACAAAUACAUCUUUUCAAAGAAUACAGAAUGUUAGUCAUUAUGAAAAUAAAACUUUUAAUACCACUAAUAUUUAUACUUUAGCUGAACCAAUUAUAAAAGAAAAAUAUAUAAAAUUAAUUGGUGUGUCAGUGAUUUUAUCAAUUAUCCUUACUUAUCUAACUUUGUGGCUUUUUUCUUGA